CUGCUGGCAGGCCCAGAGCUGCUUCUGGAUUGUGGCCACUCUAAAAGCAAGGACCAGUUUUUCACUCCAGUGAGUGGACUCAAACUUUGCCUCACAAAGGAGGAUCCUUGUCCCUGAGACUUGCAGCCCUUGGAGUACUCUUCUGCAUCUUUAAAGAGUUCUUCCAUCAGUAAUGAACACGUAUUCACCUCUGUCUGACAGUGCCUGAAACAUUUUUAAGGGCAGUGAGAGCGGAUGCAGAAAGAAACAAUAAAUUCUGUGUUGUCCAUUAACGCCUUUGCAACCUGCCAAAGGCUUGAAUCGGUUUCCAGAAGUAGUUCCUAUUUCUGCUUAUAUUGCACUAAUUCUCAUUCUUCUCCCCUCAGCUUUCGUGGUGCACUCUAUUGCUGAAGCUGCUAAUGUUUUCAUUCAAUACUGAGGAGCCAAAAUCAAAUUCGUCACCGUUGUUUCGGAGGAGUUUUCAGUUCUCAGGGAGGCGCAACUGGAAUGCAGCAGAAGACUUGCAGAGAUACAGACAUCAGUACCCGGAUUUGAUGGAGUCAGAAAAUGAGGAGGAAGAAGAGAUGCUGAACUUAAGGUUUUAUAAAAACAAGACUCGCUUUUUGCCCCAGGGUUUGUUUAUUGAAAAUCUGCUUGAAUCUUGGUGGGACAACUAUGAAGUUCUGGAAGAAAACCAUUCUUACAUACAAUGGCUAUUCCCUUUACGUGAACCUGGGAUGAACUGGUAUGCCAAACCACUCACGUGUCGAGAAAUCCAGGCCUUCAAGAAGUCCAAGGAAGUCAUGCAAAGAUUUAUCCGUGCUUAUCAGCUCAUGCUGGGAUUUUAUGGAAUCGCUCUGAUUAACGAGGAAACCGGAGAGCUCAAGAGAGCAGAGAACUGGGCUGAACGGUUUCAGAACCUGAACCGGUUCAGCCACAACAAUUUGCGGAUUACUCGCAUCCUGAAGUGCCUGGGGGAGAUGGGAUAUGAACAUUAUCAAGUGCACUUGGUAAAGUUUUUCCUAACAGAAACUCUUGUUAAGGAGACGUUACCAAAUGUCAAGAGAAGUGCCUUGGAUUACUUCCUGUUCACCAUCCGGAGCAAACAGAAGAGGAGAGAACUGGUCCACUACGCUUGGCAACACUUCAGACCUCGAGACAGCUUCGUGUGGGGGCCACACCACAAACUCUUGAAGUACAGACCCCGCUCUGCCAAGUCACAACUGCAGCAAAAGGCUGAAGAUAAACAGGAAACUCCUGGUAGAAAAUGUGAUGGUUCUGUGGAUCAUCAGAGCCAGUCUUCAGAGGAAGAGCAGGAGGCUGGAGAUGCUGCAAGGUUGGAGGCUGGAGAUGCUGCAAGCUUGCAUCCGGAAGUGAAUGAUAAAGAUGUAAAAAAGAAGAAAAGUGAAUGUCCUUUGAAAGGAGGAGGUGAUGAGGAGGCGAAAGAAGCUUCAUUUACCCAGCAGGAGGAGGAGGAUUUAAACAGUGAGGCUGAAGAAGUGCAGGGUGCAGCAGAGAAUGAUUGCACAAAGGAGAGCAAGAAGAGAAAACUGGAUGCAAAUAGGGUAGAUGCUAACAGUGGACCGUUGAAAAGCCCCACUGAUAUUGAAAACAUUUCCCAUAACCUGGGAGAAUGUGCAAUUGAUGCAGAAAUCCCCUCCUCAGCUCCACUCAUAGAAGCAGAAGAGGACAAGGAAACACUGAAGGAAGAGAAUGCAAGCACCAAAGACCCAGCAGCACCAGAGAGCACUGAUGCUGCUGUGAAACGGAGGAAAGUAGAUAAAAGAACAAUGAGAAACAGACCAUGCAACCUGGCCAUAAACCUGAACAUGGGGAUCAAGUCAAAUCCAUCAGUUGCAAACGCUGAGGCUGAAAAUGACAGUGAGAAAAUUGCAGCUGUGGAUGUGGUGAGAGAGAGGAGCGGUGGUGAUGCAAAUGGUGGGGCUGUGGGACCCCCAGUCGAUUUCAGGCUGCCCAAGUCUGGCUGGACUUCUCCAAUAAGUGAUGGCUUGGAGGCGAGUGGAGACCGAGUCAGAGCAAGGAGUGAUGAGCACCACUGCAACAGCACAUUCCUGCAAGGGAAAAGUGAGGUAUAUGGGGUAGAACAGCAUCAGAAGGCAGAAAAUGCGAGUGAAAAAGAGCAAGCAGAAGUCACAGGCAAGAAACAUCCUCCAGAGAGUCUUAAGCAGAGCAUUGCAUCCCCUUGUCCUGAAGAAGACAGUACUGAGUGUGCAGCAGAACCCGCUGAGGAGCUGGUAGCAGCAAGUGACACCAGCAUGGGAAGCACUUGAGCAAGCAAAGAUGACACUGCCCUAACUGCUAGGAGCCAGCUUGUGGUUUGGAUAGCAGAAGUAGACAGAAGAAUAAACUUCCUUUGGCUGAUCCAGGCUA